AUGGAACCACGGAGCAAUGUAACUUACUUUGUCCUCCUGGGCCUUACACAGAAUCCAAAGGAGAAGAAAGUCCUUUUUGUUAUGUUCUUGCUACAUUUCAUUCUGGUGGGCAACCUGCUCAUUAUUGUGACAAUAACUAUCAGUAAGACCCUGAACUCACUGCUGUACUUUUUUCUUGCUUGCUUAUCAUUUAUAGAUCUAAUUUAUGCCUCUUCUAUCUCCCCUAGAUUGAUUUCAGACUUGUACUUUGGGGAAAACACCAUAUUCUUCCAAACUUGUCUGACCCAGCUGUUUACAGAGCACUUGUUUGCUGGAUCAGGGGUCUUCCUUCUGCUGUUGAUGGCCUGUGACCACUACGUGGCCAUCUGUAAGUCCUUGCACUGUUUGGUGAUCAUGAGGCGGAGGGUGUGUGUUGUGCUGCUGCUGUUGUCAUUUGUCGGUGGUUUUCUGCACUCAGUAAUUCAACUUAGCACUGUUUAUGGGCUCCCAUUCUGUGGCCCCAAUGUCAUUGAUCACUUUCUCUGUGACAUGUUCCCUUUACUGAAACUCAUGUGUACUGACAUCUAUGUCAUUGGCAUCUUAGUUGUGGCCAGUGGAAGACUGAUCUGCACUAUUGUAUUCUUACUCUUACUCGUCUCCUAUGGAGUCAUCCUACACUCUCUGAAGAACCUGAGUCAGGAAUGGAGGCAGAAAGCCCUCCAGACCUGUGGUUCCCACUUUAUUGUGGUUGUCUGCUUCUUUGUCACUUGUAUUUUCAUGUAUGUAAGACCUGCUAAGACCUUCCCCAUUGACAAAUCACUGAGUGUAUUUUAUACUGUCAUAAGCCCCAUGCUGAACCCAUUAAUCUACAGUCUAAGAAAUUCUGAGUUGACUAAUGCUAUGAAGACGCUCUGGAGAAAAAUAUGUUAUUCCAGGUGGUAA